AUGCUACAACACUUUAACAAGCACGAAGAAUUCUACAAAGAUCUUGGAUCACAGUAUCCUGAAUUAGAUCUUGUAAAUCAGUGGGAUUUUGUUAAAGAAUACAUCGCAGCAUUUGAACCUAUUUACAUAGCUACUAAAAGUAUGCAAGCUAUGCACACAUCGCUUUGUGACUUCUACUUAACGUGGAUCAAGGCAGUGAUGCAGGUCGGUAAAAUAACCUCAAACAAAUUCGCAGAACCUUUAGCCACAUCGCUUACCAGGCGGCUAAAACAAUUGAAAGACAACAUGGUUUUCAAAUCUGCACUACUUAUCGACCCGCGAUUCAAUUACCUUAACUCCACAAUAUUGUGUGCUGAUGAGAAGGAAGAAGUUCGGGCCUUUAUCGUCGCUACGUGGGAGCGGAUUAAACGGUUGAAAGCAUGCGAUUCCGAGCAGGCUACACAGUCAACAUCAGCCCCAACAACACUUCCUUGUAACGACCUAGAUGCUUUCUUGACAAACAUGUUUGGUGGAUCCCUUCCUGAACAAGGAUUGCCACAGAAAACGGAAAACUCGUUUGUGCGACAGCUCAACGCAUUGGAUUUGGAACCUCACCAGAACCACUCGUUCGAUGUAUGGAAACAUUGGCUUUCCCGGAAGAAUACUCAUCCUGAGUUGUAUGAUGUUGCCACGAUACUGCUUGCAGUCCCUUCGAAUCAAGUUUCCGUCGAACGAGCAUUCAGUGCACUUGGAUUAGUGUUGUCAGAUAAGCGCACGAAACUUUCCGAUGACAUGCUGGAGAAUAUUUUGCUUAUUAAGCUUAAUAAGCAACUGUUCGAUAAAAUUCUUCCAGGAUUGUACAACUGGAUGGAUGAAGAUUUCCAAGAUCUUCCAUGA